CUAGGAAGUACAGCCAGAGGAGCUUUAGCUUUUUCUUCAAAUCCCUGAUUCCCUUCUAUUUUCCUUAUUUGGGAAGGUGCUUUACCUUCAUGGAGAACAAAGCCACUGGUCGUCGUAUUAGUGUUUUAAUGCUGCCAUGGCUGGCUCAUGGCCAUGUCGUCCCCUACCUAGAGCUUGCCAAAGAACUUCAAGAACGCGACUUUAAUAUCCAUUUCUGCUCCACCCCAGUGAUUCUCUCUUUCGUUGAAUCCGCAUACUCUUCACUCCUUUCCCAAAUCCACCUCGUCCAUAUCUCCAUCCCCACCGCCGGCUACCCGGAGCUUCCUCCCAGCCGCCACUCCACUAAAGAUCUCCCCCGCGAGCACAUUUUCACCCUCUCCAAGGCAUUCAGACACUCCGCCCCAAUCUUCUCCGCCAUCAUCGACCAAAUAAAACCCGACUUGCUCAUCUACGACGUCUUCAAUUCGUGGGCUGCGGGGGUCGCGGCGUCACAGGGCAUCCCCGCCGUCUGUUUCUGCAUCACCGGCGCGGCCUCUGUUUCCUUCGCUGACCACCUGUUUGAACACCACUCGACGGCCGAAUAUCCUUUUCCGGGACUUUAUUUGCGUCCGCACGAGCUCAAGAAUCUGAUGGAAAACAUAGGAAAUAUCGAUCAAGCAGAAAAGCUCGAACUUAUAAAGCCCAUGGUGGAUUCUGACCGCCUCGUUUUGAUGAAUACCAGCCAAGAAAUUGAUGGAAAGUAUAUAGACUACCUCUCCGCCGUUCUGGGUAAAACCGUCGUGCCGACAGGCCCACUCAUCCGCAUACCGGGGAAAAACGGCGCGGUGGCGGAAGUUGAGAAACAGAGGGACGCGGAGAUCCUGCGGUGGUUGGACGGAAAGCCAAAAAACUCAACUUUAUACAUUUCAUUCGGGAGCGAGUACUACUUAAGCACGGAGGAGAUUCAAGAAUUGGCGAAAGGGUUGGAGCUUAGCGGCGCCAAUUUCAUAUGGGUGCUGAGGUUUCCGGCGGGGAAAGAGAUCGGGAUUGAGGAGGCUCUGCCGGAGGGUUUCUUGAACAGAGUAAAUGGCCGAGGGGUAAUUGUGGAAAAGUGGGCCCCUCAGAUAAAGAUUCUUGGCCACCCAAGUGUGGGCGGAUUCGUGAUGCACUGUGGGUGGAACUCGUUUCUGGAGAGCGUUCAUUUCGGAAUCCCGUUGAUAGCCAUACCCAUGCACUCCGAGCAGUUCAUCACCGCCAGGUUCGCGGCGGAGCUUGGCAUUGCCACGGAAGUGAUGAGGGAUGAAGUUGGCCGGCUUCACAGGGAAGAUAUCGCCGAAGCCGUGAAGAAACUCAUGACGGAGAAGGCCGGGGAAGAGAUGAGAGAGAAAGUGAGGGCGUUGAAAGAGGCGAUGACUUCGAAAAGAACACAAGAGAUUGAUAACGCGGCGGCGUUGCUCUCUCAGCUUUGCUGCACUUUGAACGUUAAUUAAAAAAAUUGCUCUCUGCACUUUUAGGAAACUCAAAUAUAAUUUGACAAAAUUACCCCGACUACUUAAAUAAACUUUUCUACGUGAUCUCUGUGUCUAGGAAACAAAAUUGCGUAUUCUGUUGAAAGUCUCCACUUCCCAUGAAAUUAAACUACCGAACAUCUCUAGCCAUAACCUUUUCUACGUGAUCUCUGCUUUCUCACAAUUAUCUAGCAAUUCGAUUUCGCUUUUCUCUUCCGCAAUUAUCUCUCGCGAUGAUCUUCUCUACGUAAUCUGCACUUUUCUCAUGUAAGAUUUUUUGCUCUGCUUUUUUCGUGAUCAUGUUCUCGGGUUUGUCAUCUUCUG